AUGGGAUUCUUAACAAAUGAUGAAAAUAAAAGUGAAAUAAUUAAAAGUAGUGAAGAUCUUGAGAUAUCGAGAAAAAUAAAUGAUAUAUAUUUGAAUAAGCAUAAUAAUGAUGGGGAAAUAACAAGUUGUGAUAAUAAUUCAAGUUAUUAUCAAAAUGGAAAAAUACAAAAAGAUAUUAAUAAAAUAACAGAUAUUUUAUCGGAUAAAAAUUAUGUUAGUGAAACGGGUAGUGAAGAUGUUUCUAAAAUUGAAACCACAUCUAAUGACCUACUUUAUAAUGUAAAAGACAAGCUAAACUGUAUAAUAAAUGGUAAUAAUAAUGAUAAUAAUAAUGAUAAUGGUAAUGAUAAUGAUAAUGAUAAUAAUAAUGGUCAUAAUAAUGAUGAUAAUAUAAUCCCGAAUCAACAUGAAACUGAUUCUGGGGAAAUAAAUAUAUCGAUCAAUUCUAUAUUUGAUAAGCAAAGUGAAAACAUAUAUUCUACCAAUAUUGUUUCUGCUAUUGAUGAUGCGAAUAUGGAAACACCAAAAGAUAGUAAUACAAACGAAGAUGGGGAGGGCCUCGUAAAUAGCAAACUGAGUGAAGCGGACCCAACUAGCAACAGUGGCGAUAAUAACGAUAAUAACGAUAACACAGAUGAUAAUGGUAAUGAUAAUGGCAAUGAUAAUGGCAAUGAUAAUGGCAAUGAUAAUGGUAAUGAUAAUGGCAAUGGCAACAAUGCAAUAAACAAGAGGCUUAACAAAAAUAUGAAAAUAUUUCGAGCAGCCCCAUAUAAUACGAACGAAUAUAUUUACUCAAUUAAAAAAAAAAUAAAAAAAAAGUUCACAGAAAAUGAUUAUUUAUUUUGUACAAUUAAUAAAUUUUUAAGAGAUGGACUGAAAAAUGAAUGCAUUCCUUUAUUUGAAAGAUUGCAACAAAAUUUAUUUUUUUUAGUAUCGCUUGCUAAUAUUUCGCAUGGCAAUUUAGACGAACAUGAAGACAGCACAUCUGAUUAUUAA